UCAACAAUCAGACGUUUCAGAGACAGUAAUAGAAAGACAAAACAGAAAAGACCAAGUCAGAGACAUUCUAAUAAGUCGCGUAGAUGAUUAUUACCAUAAUAAGAUUUUACAAAUAAAAGACCCAUUAGAAAUAGUGAUUAAAAUCAAAGAGUUCAGACGAGCAGAGGCCAAUGUUACCGAUUCUUCAGUCAGAGAAAAAUUAUAUAGUCUCAAAAUGAACAAUAGAGAAUCAGUAAACGAAUUUUGCGAUCGUUUUGACUCUAUUAUCAGAGAUUUUGAAAAUUGUAUUACCAAAACACCUCUGACGGAGGAAGAGAUAAGAUCGGCCUUCUUUCAAGCUGUUAGUAUAAAAUUUAAAGAAAUCAGAUCGGCCAAUAUUAUCGGACUUCAAGCAACCAAAUCAGAGAUGAGCCUUGAUGACAUAAAAACUUUGAUACUACAGCUGGAAUCAGACAGACGCAAAUCAGACGGUCAGCCUUCAGACGACAGGCAAAAAAUUGCAGCUAAACAGGCGAUAAUCACAGACAAGUGUUAUCGCUGCAAUAAGGUGGGACACAGAGCAGCCUUUUGUCCUCUUAAAGAGUACAAUCUAUGGUACUGCUUUUAUUGCCAGGCUGUAGCUCCACACAAAGGGGAUAAUUGUCCAAAUAAGGACAAUCCCAAAGAUGGAUACAGGAAACCAAGGAGAAACUAAUUCAGAGUAAAGUUCAGAGAAUAAAAAACGCAGACGUACAGGAGGACAAGCGCCUCGAAGGGAGGGAGUGUUGGCGAGUCUUCGCGCCGCUUGCCGUCUAUAGUAGAAUACAGGGCUAAUCUAGCGCCACCAUGCGGGCAGCGCUAGGUAUUCACGCGUGCUCUGCAAAGUACUCUCUCUCCUGCCGACCGCUCUCGAAGCAACAGCUCCGUCGCCCGAGUUAUAUAUAUAAGAAGAAAAUAAAGAGAGUUAUAACAGAAUAUUAGAGCCUUGUUUAAUUA